AUGAAGAUGAAGUCUGCGGGCGUCGUGGAUGGAGGCUUGUUCACAGAGAGCUAUUGUAACAUCUGCAAUGCCCAGCUCAUCUCCGAGUCCCAGCGCACCGCACAUUAUGAGAGUAAGAAACAUGCCAAUAAGGUGCGGUUGUUCUACAUGCUUCACCCUGAAGAUGGAGGACCACCUUCCAAGAGACUGAGGCCAGAUAACCCAGACUGUGCAGAGACAGAGGUGGACAGGAACAAGUGCUGUACCUUGUGUAACAUGUUUUUCACCUCUGCCAUUGUGGCCCAGUCCCACUACCAGGGUAAAACCCACGCCAAGAGAGUCCGUCUGGUGCUGGGGGAGCCGACCAACCUCCCCACAGCCAUGACCAGCCUUACAAACACAGAUUCCUCCCCUUCCACCCCACUACCAACAGACCCUGCUACGUGUCCCCCAGCUCCUCCUGCUCUGCCCUGGCCCAUGGCUGUGGUGGGAAACGGCGGAAGAGAGGCCGGGAAGUACUGCUGCCUGUGUGGAGCCUGGUUCAACAACCCACUGAUGGCCCAGCAGCACUACGAAGGCAAGAAACACCGUAGGAACGCAGCCCGAGCACGCCUCGUGGAGCAGCUAGCAGGCAGUCUGGAUGCCACGGAGAGCACAGGGCUGCGCAGUAGUUACUCCUGUAGUGUCUGCAGUGUGGUCCUCAACUCCAUUGAGCAGUACCAUGCACACCUCCAGGGCUCCAAGCACCAGAACAAGUGA